GUAUAGAAGUUGAUAUUCCUCAUAAAUAUGUUUAAAUCAGGUAAACUUUGAACCUCUUUAGAUAGUUUAAUGAUAUCGCUGUACUUUGUUACAUUUCUUUAUAUGAAGUUAUAACAUUGUGCAAAUAGGAAAGACUAAACAGAUUCUCAGAUUAUAAUUAUAUUCUUUGAAACAGUUUUAUUAAAGAUUAAAGUUUCUAUAAUGGCUUUACAACUUUAUCCGUCAGAAAUAUUUUAUUCACAAGAAAGCAUUAGCUGUCAUUUCUCCGGCGGAAAUCUAAUUGGCGAGACUCUUGACGAAUUAUGUGAGGGAAGGCUCAAUGUAUCAGACAUUGAUCCAAUUUCUGUAACCAAAGUAAAUGGUCGGUGGAUCACACAGAAUAACAGAAGAUUAUGGGUAUUUCGUCACCUCGAAAGGCUUGGCAAAUGUAAAAGAAUUCCAGUAAACAGUAUGGUAUCUAUGCCCCAGUAUCACAUGACCAUUAAAUGCGGAGGACGUAAUGUAGAUGUGAGAGGUGACCCUGGUGGCCGAUGGCAUUCACAGAGUUCAUCUUCGUUUCUCUGGACGGCUGCAAAGGUUAUUGGCAUCGGGGCAAUUGUUUUGUUGACACUUGGGAAGCGCUAAAAGGACAGUUUGUUGAAUGGGCUGAAAUGAUUCAUAACGUUUUCAAUUGUUUCAUUUGUGAAAGUUAUUUUUUUAACACUAACCGAGAAAGAAAACGCUUAUUGUAAUUAGAACGGCCUCUUGCUAAAACGAUUUGUUUGUGAUUUGUCUUAAACUAAUUCGUGUGCUUUUUAACGGCACGUUCUCUUAAUAACUUAUAACUUAAGAUAUUAGCACCCUAAUGCAUUACCUCCGCUUUGAAGAGUAUUCAAAUAGGCUAGAAUUACUGUUAGCUACAUUGAAAAUGAGGGCCAUGGGUUCAAUCCCCAGGAGGGUCAACUUUU